ACGCACUGCACAUGCGUAGACUGUCUCGGCGUGUCACGCGUGUGGAGGAGGUUCGCUGACAGAUCUGUAAUCCUUUCACAGAAGCGGCAGAACUGUGCUCUUAAUUUCCUCCUCGGCACCAUGUCGUGGCUGUUCGGACUGAACAGGGGCCAGCCCGAACCCCCUCCCGGUUUACCGGCGCAGCCUCCCCCUCCUCCGCCGGCCGGAGGCUCCGGCGGCGGCGGAGAUAAACCCAAGGACAAAUGGAGCAACUUCGAUCCCACCGGGCUGGAGCGGGCAGCCCAGGCGGCCAAGGAACUCGACAAGUCCCGACACGCCAAAGAAGCGCUGGAGUUGGCCCGGAUGCAGGAGCAGAGCACUCAGAUGGAACACCAGAGUAAAAUAAAGGAGUAUGAAGCAGCAGUAGAGCAGCUCAAAGGUGACCAGAUACGGAUCCAGGCUGAGGAGAGGAGGAAGACUCUGAAUGAGGAGACCAAGCAGCAUCAAGCGAGAGCUCAGUACCAGGAUAAACUGGCCAGGCAAAGAUAUGAGGAGCAGCUGAGGCAGCAGCAAAUCCUGAAUGAGGAGAACCUGCGCAAACAGGAGGAAUCUGUGCAGAAACAAGAGGCCAUGAGGAAAGCAACAAUUGAGCACGAGAUGGAGCUGAGACACAAGAACGAACUCAUGCGUAUUGAGGCAGAGGCGAAAGCCCGAGCCCGCGUUGAGAGGGAAAACGCAGAUAUCAUCCGAGAGCAGAUCCGACUGAAGGCGGCCGAGCAUAGGCAGACCGUCCUGGAGUCCAUAAAGACUGCUGGUGCUGUGUUUGGAGAAGGAUUCAGGGCCUUUGUCUCUGACUGGGAUAAAGUUACUGCUACAGUGGCAGGGCUGACCUUACUGGCUGUAGGGGUGUAUUCAGCCCGAAAUGCAACUGCAGUGGCGGGACGCUACAUCGAGGCUAGGCUUGGGAAACCGUCACUAGUGCGGGAGACGUCCCGAUUCAGCGUUGGAGAAGCUAUAAAGCAUCCAGUCAAGACGGUGAAGCGUUUGAAGAGUAAGCCUCAGGAUGCACUGGAAGGAGUUGUGCUCAAGCCGUCCUUAGAGGAACGGGUGCGUGACAUCGCCAUUGCAACGAGAAACACCAGGCAGAAUAACGGCCUCUACAGGAACAUCCUCAUGUAUGGCCCUCCUGGGACGGGAAAAACCCUGUUUGCUAAGAAACUGGCAAUGCAUUCUGGGAUGGAUUAUGCUAUAAUGACCGGUGGUGAUGUAGCACCCAUGGGUCGGGACGGUGUGACUGCUAUGCAUAAAGUGUUUGACUGGGCCAACACAAGCAGACGCGGGCUGCUGCUUUUUGUGGACGAGGCUGAUGCAUUCCUUCGCAAGAGAGCCACUGAGAAGAUCAGUGAAGACCUCAGGGCCACUUUGAAUGCAUUCCUGUACCGCACUGGAGAGCAGAGCAACAAGUUUAUGUUGGUGUUGGCUAGUAACCAGCCUGAGCAGUUUGACUGGGCCAUCAAUGACCGCAUAGAUGAAAUAGUGAAUUUUGCUCUGCCCGGUCUGGAGGAGAGGGAGCGCUUGGUGCGAUUGUACUUUGACAAAUACGUGCUGGAGCCGGCCACUGGGGGGCGACAGAGGCUGAAGCUCGCACAGUUUGAUUACGGCAAAAAGUGCUCUGAAAUUGCCAAGAAGACGGAGGGUAUGUCAGGGAGGGAGAUCUCCAAGCUGGGUGUUGCCUGGCAGGCUGCAGCAUACUCCUCUGAGGACGGUAUCUUAACAGAAGCGAUGAUCGAUGCUCGGGUUGAUGACGCCAUCAAGCAGCAUAAUCAGAAGAUGGACUGGCUCCGUGCCGAGGAGGAGGCAGCUAAGAGCCUAACACCUCCUGCUGCAGGAGCUAUCGAUGGAAAAAUGGGUUUCACUCUCCCUCUGAAGGAGACGCCUCAUGCUCAGGAGGUGAUGGCUCCAGUCCUGAAAUUAAACCCAAUAGAAUCUGCAGAGGGCAAACAUGCCGAUCCAGCUAUACAAGACUGUGCAGAUGCUGCUAAAGCAGAAGGUAAAACGGCCGAUGAAGUUUUACCUGAACCUGACGGUAAAAGAAAGCCAGAUUCCUCUCCUCCCAAGGAUGGAACCCCAGUUUGAGUUAACGGGACUUGGAGCCCGUCCCUCUUAACUGGUCUCAAAGUUCAUUCAGAUUAGGUAACAGCAUGGAGAGAUAAUUAUGUGUCAUGACACAACUGAUGCCUGAAUCUUUCAUAUUCAUAUAACAUGUAAACAAUGCAAACAUGAAGUUUACGUAGAAAUAAGACAAUAUGUCUGUUAAUACACUAUUAUAAAUGUCGUGCAAAGUCAAGUUUCUCUGUACAAAUUAAAAAGCUUUUCUAACAAAA